AUGAGCGAUCUCGAUGGCAACGACGCCUUACUACAACUGCUUACCGAAUCAUGGGAUGAACAACGAUCACUUGCCGUCAGAAAAUCGAAAUGGACACGCGAUUACCUUACACGCCUGACAUCGCUACCCCUGGAAGAACUCUUGUGCGAACCUGACGAGCUUCGCGUCGAACAAGAAAAGAUGAAAAGAGAUGCCCAACAAUUGGCAUUUAAUGACUACCCUGCUUUUAUAUACGCCAACAAGUGUCGCCAACAAGUCGAUUCAACGCUUGACGAAUUGCAAGAUCACCUCAGCGAGUUCCUGACGUCCGUUCCCGACCUACGAGACGCCUGCCAAGUAUUUGGCCAAUGCGCCCAGUCUAUUGCCGACGAGCGUUCCAAGAUUACACACGUGCUGGAACACCAAAACGUGCUUGUGGAUCUUUUAGAAAUACCACAACUGAUGGAAACCUGUGUAUGGAACGGGUAUUAUUCAGAAGCCAUGGAUCUUGCAUCGCAUGUACGCCUUUUGUUGGUCCGCUAUCCGUUACCGAUUGUACGCAGCAUCCAGCAACAAGUUCAAGCAUCCGCCGAUUUGAUGCUUGUUCAGCUUAUUGCACAUUUACGGCAACCCAUCAAGCUAGCAGCAGCUAUGAACGUUAUCGGCCACUUGCGACGUAUGGAUGUAUUCGAGUCUGAAGUGGAACUACGUAUGGUGUUUCUCCGGUGUAGACACGACUAUUUGACUCAGCGGCUGGACCGGAUAAAAACUCGCAAAGAAGAAAACAACACACAGCACGAAGCUUUUGAGUACAUGAAGCGCUAUAUCGACGUGAUGCGAGAGCAAAUGUUCGAAAUUGCAACGCAGUACAUGUCUGUCUUUUCGCACCAAGAGCAGCAGAGCAUCCUCAUUCUAUCCGACUAUAUGGUGCGCUUAAUAGACGAACACUUUGAGGCCACCUUAAAGACACAGCUUGCCAAAAUCACAGACACAUCUUCAAUAGCAUCCCUUCUCACUCAGAUCCAGUAUUGCGGCAUGUCGCUCGGCAGAAUUGGUUUGGAUUUCCGUUACCUGUUU